UUCCAUACAGCAGUACUCACAAGGAUUUCCCCCCAUCACUCUUACGUCAUGGUUGAGCAGUUCUCAGGAACCUGGAAACUCAUCUCUAGUGAAAAUUUUGAUGAAUAUAUGAAAGAACUGGGAGUAGGUUUUGCCCAAAGGAAACUGGGCAGCCUAGCCAAACCCACCAUGACCAUCACCACAGACAAAGAUGUAGCCACCAUCAGAACAGAGACGGUCUUUAAAGUUGCUGAGAUUUCCUUCAAGCUAGACCAAGAGUUUGAGGAAAUAACAAUGGAUAACAGGCGUGCCAAGAGCGUUAUAACAAGAGAGAAUGGUACUUUGAUUCAAGUGCAGAAGUGGAAUGGCAAUGAGACUAUCAUCAAACGAAAAAUAGCAAAUGGAACUAUGGUGUUGGAAUAUAUCAUGAAUGACAUCAUUUGUACCAGAGUCUAUGGAAGAGUGUGAAGACAUUAUCUUUCCAUUUCAGCUUGUUUUUCCUACGGCAUAUUAGUUUAGCGUUACAAAAAUGAGCACAGUGCUUAUGUGGAACUGAAAUAAAUAAUUUCAAGGAAUUGGCUUAAA